AUGGCUGACGCGCUGGUGAAGCAGAGACUCAUGAGCGGGAGUCGGAAAAUCCGAGGCUGGCUUGCCAACCGGCACCGGCACCAGCAAAACUGGCUGGCUGGCUUGCAGCUCAUGCGCCAUGCUUCGCAGCUGUGCAGAGGGCUGGCGGAGGCGGCACGCUCCAUAGAAAGGCCCUAUGUGCCUCGACAUAUUCCGCUGCCCUCCUCCAGCUACAGCGCUGCAGCUCAGACGUCCUCCACAUCCUCCGCCCCGGGGCCUUCUACGACUGAACCAAACUUCAGCCGAGCUGCAGCGCCGCAGCGCAAUGAUAGGCCUGUUGGAGUUUCUGAAGCUGUCAAUCCAUCUCUGCUGCCCUCAACACAAGAUCACUCCUCAUCCACAGCCAGUUACCUCCGCAAUCAGGUUCCGCGAUCAGCUGUCCUGCACAUCGAGCGACGGAACGAGGAUGCGACUUCACACACCAAAGCUGCGCCGCCAAUAGAGCCCGUCAGCACUCAGUCGGCAUUGCGGAAUACAGACAGUCUCACUCAGAACACUCGCCGGCGGGCCAAUGCAGGGACUCGCUUCACUGUCGAUGCUUCGUCAAAAUCUGCCCCAAGGAGCAGCACAAUCCGUUUAAGUACCUCGGACGAGCCCCAUCCGAAGCAGCUUUCCAGGGCACAGAGUAAGCUGAGUCGUGAAGGGGCCAAACGCGAUAUAGAAUAUGUCAAAGCAACAUAUCCGCAUCUCGACGAGCCACAAGCAGGCUUGCUUGUUCGCACUUCCUAUCAGAUCAACUCGCUGCGUUCGCAAGCUCCAAGCGCGGUCAUGGCGUGGUAUGAAGAUUUCGUAUGGACCACAGAACGCCAUUCGCAAAACUCGCAGAAAUCCGAGUCGCUCGAAAGUCUCUCGAUGCUUCUUCGGUUUGCCUAUCAAAGGAACGACUUGCGCUCCCUGCUGAGACUGGAGAGUCGGGCAAUGCGAAUUCCAUCGAUCGCCAAACAGUCUCGUGUCAACUUUUCUCCAACAGACACAAUUUCCAAGCGGAUGCGCGGACCAGAAGAGGAUGGUGUACACCUCUGGCCUAGCCCGAACGAGAAUCCUAUCCUUCUGGCCCAUAAUCUCAAGAUCGGUUUCGCAGCCAGGGAGGGCAACUGGGUCAGAAUCGAGCAGCUUCUUGACAGCGCGAGUCUUGCUGGACAAAGCUCUUCGAAAGCCGUCCGAGUUGGGCAUGACUCAUCGCUCAUGACUCGGUCAGCUUAUGUUUUGGAUGCGAUCGGUUGGGGAAUCCUUCUCCGCUUUGGAUUGGGCAAUGUGCAGAGGCACAAGAGCAGGAAUGUCGACGACACUCCUCGAAACAAUCAGGCUUUGCAGGACACGAAAAAGACCGACACCGUCUCAAGCACCUCUACAAGCGAUGUUCUCCUUCAAGACGAGAUUACCAAGGCUGCAGACGACGAGGCGCAGAUGCAGUCGAAACUUUCAGUUACCAAGCGUCUCUUGCCCGAUCUCCUGCGCUACACCAACGAAUCAAGCAGGCAUGUCCGGCCGGAGGGCACGUCUGCAACAGGGCCAGCGAAAGAGUCGGCCGCAAAGUUUGGAGGGGGGACCACACCAGCUUGGCUGCUGCAAUCGGUCUUGACACAGCUUGCCGAGAGAGGGGAGCUAGUAUCUACCAUCAAAAUUGUUCAGCUUGCGCUUUCUGAGGGCUCGAGCACAGUGAAACGUGACUCGACUCGAGAUGCCAGGCCCACUCAUAUUCUCAAUCUGGUGCUGAUGGCUUGCCACCGGAAUCACAAGGUCAACCUUGCCGAGACAUUACGAAUCUUCAACAGUCUUACAGGCUCGCGACUGGGCGAAAGCGUCUCGGGCUCAGCGGUUCUCGCUGAGCCGACCGUCAUCGAAAGAGGUCGGGAUCAGCAGAGCCCACCCUCCAAGUCACUGCAGAAGGACGCGGAAAAGGCCGAUGCGAUAGGUCGUCCCGCGGCGGAGGGACAGUCUGGGAUGAGGCCGAACGAAGAGUCGCUCGUCCUAAUUCUGAAAAAGGUGCGGCAUCCGCUCUUUCGGGCUUCGUGGACACGGAAGCUGGUCGCAGAGUUCGAGCGAUUCUUCCCACAAGUCAAGCUGUCUGGAAGGUCCUAUCGGAUGAUCAUCGACAAGUGUGUCACCCCUGGUUCCGCUUCCCAAUCGAGAGACACUGAAAUGACUGCGACUACGGAGAUGGACUCGACACGUGUCGCUGCGGAGCGCAUUGUAGCCAGUGGACGUCGAGGUCGACGAUUGCGCCAGGAAGCCGCCACCGCUUCCCAAAGCAUUCCUUCUGCUAGCAGCAGCAUCAAAGCAACAUCGCAUUCAGCCGGACCUGCACGCACGCCUCGACCGCCGAUCGUCAAGCAAUCCAUGCUCUCCACCACCCUCGACGAGAUCCUCAAUCGGUUCGACGGCAGUCGUCCCUCAUCGUGCUUCCACCUAUCGACGACCAACCGACGACGUUUCGAGCACACACUGUUGCGAGCCAAACGCCUCCUCCUGCAGAAAAAAGCUUCGCACCUGCACAAGCUGCAACCUUGCCCUACGACAACUGACACCUCCAGCGCGCAAGCGAUACACCACACAAGCGCCAUCUCGCAGAUCGACACGCUGCUCGACAAACUCGCCCAAGUCCAACGCCUAGGCCGUCGUCAAGAGGCUCACUCUAAAAGGCAGGCUAGAACGCAAUCGGAUGGUUGA